CUUCCUGAUCGGAGAAGAUGGGCUUGUGUAUGAGGGCCGGGGCUGGGACACUCAGGGCGCCCACGCAGGAGGAGGCUGGAACUCCAAGUCCAUCGGCAUCAGCUUCAUGGGUAACUACAUGGAUCGGGCACCCCCGCAACGAGCCCUCAGGGCAGCCCAGAGUCUGCUGGCUUGUGGCGUGGCUCGGGGCGCCCUGAGGACCAACUAUGAGGUCAAAGGACACCGGGACGUGCAGGACACACUCUCUCCAGGUGACCGGCUCUAUGAAAUCAUCCAGACUUGGCCACACUACCGAUACUGAGGCCCUGCCUGCCCACUCCAGUCAGAAACCCCCUGCCUCCCCCUCCAAUAAAGAUGCACUCACUGUGA